CUACUGAACAAAUUGAAACCACAUAAACCCUAAAGACUGAAGCUUGUCCUCCCCUGUCGCUCAAUCGCACGGCUACUCACCUGCCAUCCCUUUCAUUGCAGAACCCAUGACGAUGAAUUGAGCCACUAGUCCGAGCGAAAUCCGAUUCCCCUUCAAAGUAGUUUUCGUCCUUAUCUUCAGUGUUUUAUUGCAAAACCUCCAGCCAUUUGAUUCCCACCAUUGUUAUGAGCAUGUUGAACUGGCUGAAAGGACUGAUUUUGUAAAGCUUAAGCAUUAGUUGUCAUGGGGACAGAAGAGCCUAGAGAUCCACUGAAAGGGGUCGAUUGGAAAGCCAUAGGCACAGAGCUUCAGAACGACCCAAGUGCUGGAACAAAGCAAGCUGUAAAGAAGCGGCUUCCGAAAAGGAUUAGGCAAAUCCCCGAGAGCUAUUUCCUUCCUAGAAUGUCUUGGCCCUCGGCGAUCGGAUUCUAUGGAGCAUGCAUUGUUGGCGGGGUUGGUGCUGGCAUGCUGGUGGAGAUGUGGAUAAACAAGAAAGUCAAAGGCGUAGUUUAUGCAGCUGUUCAAGUUAGUCUCUGCUGGCUAGCUUGUACGGUGCACCAUGGCUUGUCAGUUCUGUAUGAAGGUGGAACAAUCUACUUGCUUGAGAAGCAUGAGAAUGCUGCUGUUUUCUGUCCAAAUCGGCCGUGGGAAGGCCAGAUGCUCCAGAUUGAUGAUGACAUUGAAAUGGCUCUCGAAGCCGUGACUGGUGAAGCUGGCGGAGAAUUUCAAGCCGAGAUGGACUCUACAGUUCCUCCAAAUGGGCUGGUGGAGAAGAAAGCUUGUAUUCCAGGGACUGGGAUAGAGAGCGUGAGAAAUGAAGCUGCUAAUGAAGAUCAACCUCUAUCAAUGUGGUUGGGAAGACUCUGCUCUUCCAAAAGUGGUGAUGGAUUGCGUGAAAGGCAAGCCGAUCAAGAAACCAAUCCUGAUGCUUGGCCGUUUCAGAAAAGGUCACCAGCUUGGGCAUCAAUAGAGUCCUCGGAAGUUUUCAGAAACAUUCCACAAAAACCUCAUUUCCGACCUCUCUUCGACUGCAAAGAGGAUUAUCGUGAAGGCGCAGCAAUUGGUAUAAUGGUAACCUUCUGCAAUGUGUUUGAGAAGAUAGCCAAUCUUCGCAUCCACGAUUCCAGGGCCUCAUUCAAGUCAAAUCUGGCCAGCUUAUCCGACUUGGAGAAGCAUGGGUUCAAUGUCACACUGCCACGCAAUCGCAUAAGCAAGCUGCUGUCGAUCAAAGAACCGUUGAGCAAGUGGAUGAACGUUGUCAAGAAUGCCGAACCGGAGCUACAACAUCACAUCGGCAAGAAGAGAAAGUUGGUUGCCACGAUCGACGAAAUCGAGAAGAAGAUGCUGGAACUACAGCAAACACUGGCUGCAACCAAGAAGGAGAUGGAAGCAGUAGAAGCCAAAGCUGCAGUUCUGCAAUCAACGGUGGAUGAAAUGAAGGACCGCAUCGACAGUGCCUGCAAUGAGUUUGAACUUGUGGUUGCCGCCCCUUGGAGGUGAUCAUCUGCUGAAUCGUGUCCUUAGCAAUAGAUGUAAGACUAUGCGUGCUGUUCUUUUAACUACAUGAACAUGACCAAAGGUUGAACUUGGAAGCUGAGGUAAGUAGUAGUGUGAUUAUGACUUAUGUAGAGAUGGAUGUUAGAUCUUAUCCCCUUUUGGCUUGGCUGCUGUCUAUAUACUAAUGUAUGAAAUGUUAAGCUAGGAACGAGUUCGAACUUUGUUACAAGUAUGUUGACUGUAGUAGCACUGGACAAGGAGUGAAGAUUGUGUAACCCUAAUGAGCUUAUAUGGCUGUACUGGAUGUGUUGUUCUUUCGCAACAUCAAAUGGGCAUAUUAUGUUUGAGUUCUUGUAAAUCCUUUUCUCUUUUCGAUUAUGAUUCCUGUAGUUUAGUAUCAAAAGAAGACGUUAUCUAUUAUGAACCUAGGCUAGCUACCUGUGAUUGCAGGGUCAGAGUUUGCACC